UGGCAGCGCCCAUUGUUAUCGUGCGGGGCCGCUGAGGGUCUCGGCAGUCCCCCGGCCGCCCCGUGCCCUGGCGAUAGGGGCUUCCAGGCGGCGUGUAGCGCCCGCGGCUCGGUGCCGAUCGGCCCCCGCAGGGGAAGAGCGGGACGGGGACGCCUGUGCGAGGGGUCGUGAGGAGAGGGGCCCUUCCCACCCCUCGUCUGACCCGAACCGACGGAGCGGGGCCGAAGCUGUGGGAGCGCUGCCCGGGGGCCGCUGCAGACGCUCGCGGGGAGCGGGUCCUUUGUUUCCCUUCGGAGAAAGGGGGAAGGUGCGGUGCGGGAAGGGCGGCUGGCGGCGGCCAACGCGGAAGUAGACUUGCGUGUAAAAUCCAGCGCUCCCCGCUAAGGGGAAAGUCCCGCGUGUCUUUUCCCUCCCUCCCCAGCGGUGAGCUGGAAGCGGGGUCGCUUGGUCAGCGCUGAGGAACACAGCCGGCGUCAUAAACCCGGGAAGCGGCGGUGACCAGAGAGAACACCGCUGUGCUGACAAGGACAGGAGAGGAGAGGAGCAGCAACACUGCUUGGGUUUGGACCCCCAGGGUGCAGUCAGGGUUACAUAUGCGUUUUUUGGUGCCAUUUGGUUACUGGUAUUUUCUGAAUGCAUGUCCUUUGGCCCAAAUGAUAGACCUAUUGAGAUUACAACCAGGAAAAGAUGCUAUCAGAUCCCACUGUAACCCAGUGCAUACCUGACCUUUGAUUCCUUUGAAACAAGCCGUCUUCAUGAGGUUGAAGACAAAUAAAUAAUCCCAUUGAGAGCAAUCAGGUUUUAGAACAAGCCUGUUUAAGGCAAGCAGAAAGCUUUUAGUAAGUCAUAAUGUCUUAAGUAGAGUUUACUUGAAUGAAACUGCAAUAUGACAGUGGUAGUGGAAAGCUAAAGACUGGGAACUGACUAAACAGGAUUAGAAGAGCAGGAAAACUAUCUUUCCUAGUUUCUUGUGGCCCAGGAAUUCUGUUCUUCCUGUGUCUACAUGACAGCAUUUUCUGUCUAAAAGUUUGUUGACUAACAUUUUUAUGGUCUGUUGUCCCCUUAAGUUAAGGCAAAAGCAUCAGCCAGAUCUCAGGCACACAAGCAAAAGUACAGUGUAAAUUUAAACAAAACAGAUGCACUCUUAAAGACCUCUGGCUUCCUAUUAUCAACAGUCACAAGCUCAGGUGGUGUUCCUGUUUUAUCUACACUCAUUUUCCAGCACCUGUAUCAUUAGUCUGACUUGCACAUUAUGUUUCAAACAAAUUGAAAUAGCCUUUUUUGUGCAUUCAAGUUACUAGCAGUAAUGGUAAGACUCAACACCUGAAAGCACAAUCCAUAUUUGCCAGGGUUGUGUACAGGUGAAUACUAACACUUAGAAGCACGUGGCUUCCUUUGAGCCACCCCCCUACUCUCCUGUGCUGUUGUGUUCAACAUAAAAGCUUCUAAGGCAAAGUCUAGAUUUCUGCACGUUUAAUAUCUUGAUGAACUUUUCUCCUCUAUCAAUACAUAGCUAUGUUAGUUUGCUUUGCAAAAGGCCUUAAUCAGAUGUCAUGAAAAGAUGUGAAAAGAUAGUAUUGUGUAUGUACCAAGUAGUUUGUAAAAUACAUGUAUACGUGACCUAUCUUCUCUUACAAUUGCAGGCCAUGUCCAGUUGGAUAGCAGACCUACAGUAACCACCACAGAUGGAAAUCAGAACAUCACAGAAGUAGAUGCACUUGAUAUAAGGAUACACUAUGCAUACCACCUCAUCACUAGUUUAUUGCUUAUGAUGCAGCACUUGGUUUAGUUAGAAGAACUUCAAGCAGCUACAAUUCCAACUAAGUAUAUAAGCACUAUCCAAUUAUGUUAAGAUAAUAUUUAGCUAAAGACACAACAUGGAGAAUUGAAGCCAAGUCUGAAGUGCACUGUUAUAUGCCCUAUAGUGUAACUAAUGAGACAGUCUCCUGACAAGAGAAAAUACUAAUACAUUGUAGAGAAACUGUUCAACUACCUGAUGGAGUCUAGUACACACCCAACACUGUUUUUACUGAAUUGCUUAACAAGCCCAAAAUUUUCAAAAAUACCUAGCAAUUUAGGGUCUUCCUAAAAUAUUGCACAUUUUGAGGUCUUGUCUUCUAAAAAUGGAUCCUCCAAGCCUUUAGUCAAUUAAAAAAAGCUAGCAGCAAUACAGGAAGGGAGUUCAAUUAGCCAUUAACUCAUUUAUCAAGAAUGUUUUCCAUCUCUGGCAACAGACAAACCCUUGAUCCUGCAAUGCAAUACAAAAUGAACCAUCAAAGAAGAGGAAUUGCAUUAAUCUUCAAUCAUGAGCACUUUUUUUGGCAUUUAAAGCUGACAGACAGACGUGGGACUCUUGCAGACAGAAACAAUUUAAAACGCAGUUUGACAGACCUUGGGUUUGAAGUCAGACAUUUUGAUGAUCUGAAAGCAGAAGAUGUGCUGCAGAAAAUUUCUGAAGCCUCCAAGGAUGACCACAGUAAUGCUGACUGUUUUGUUUGCGUGUUCCUGAGUCACGGCGAGAAUGAUCAUGUUUAUGCAUACGAUACCUACAUCAAAAUAGAGACAAUCACAGACAUGUUCAAAGGAGACAAGUGCCAGAGCCUGGUAGGAAAACCGAAGAUAUUUAUCAUUCAGGCAUGUCGAGGUGAUAAACAUGAUGACCCAGUUAUUGUUCAGGAUUCACUAGAUGGUAGUGAUAAAUCCAUUGUCAAUGAGACUGAAGUGGAUGCAGCUGGUACCUAUACCCUGCCUGCUGGUGCAGACUUUAUCAUGUGCUACUCUGUGGCACAAGGUUACUUUUCUCAUCGUGAAACUGUGAAUGGCUCCUGGUACAUUCAAGAUUUGUGCGAGGCACUUAGGAAGCACGGCUCUUCCUUGGAGUUCACGGAACUUCUUACUCUCGUUAACAGGAAAGUAUCUUAUCGCAAAGUGGAUAUGUGCAGAGACAUUAAUGCUAUAGGAAAAAAACAGAUUCCUUGUUUUGCCUCAAUGUUAACUAAAAAAUUGUAUUUUCAUCCAAAAUCUAAGUAGAUUGUUACUGAACAAUGACAACCAUUAACUAGUACUCACUGCAGAGGUGAAAGACACACCAUCUUCGUUCAGGAUACUUAAUAUUCUACAAGAUUGUCUGCAAAAACACUGGGAUCAAACGUUAUAGUUUGUAUACAUAAUAGUCUCCAAAAUCUUAAAGCAAUUUUAAAGCUAGUUUUACAGCUCUGUUCAUCUCAUGGAAUUUGGGAAAAGUUGACUGGUGCAAAACUAUUAGGAGGUGCUCAGAUUUUAUGAGAACUGGUACUCUAGAUUACCUUUUUCCUUAGAAGCUGUUGGUGUCUAACUACGGCACAUUUUAAUGUUUUCAAAACAUUUCAAAUGUUGCAUUAGAUUAACUUGCUCCAAGAGCACAGUUUAUAGGGAAUAUGUAAGCAUCUUUUGAAAUUUGCAUCCACCUUCCAAUUUCUGUGGAUUUAUUGAGCUUUUUAGACAUUUUUUUAUUUUUCUCUCAACACUAAAGAGGAACUUAAUUCCUUGAGUACAAUCAUAGCAUUAAUAUAGAUAGAAGGCUGCUUUUUGCUUGCACAUCAUUUAUGUUUGGGGCACAAUUACAGCUUGCUAGUGCUUUGUAUCCUCAGGAGAAAAGCAAGCAGUAGUUAAGUGAGACCACGUAUUGCUUGCUUAGUGUGACUUUGGGUAACCUCAUCUUGCACAUAUCUCUAAAGCUAAAGGAGAUAAUUUCAAGGUUCCAGGCUUACUUACAACUUCUAGGCAUCUCUAGGCAGCUCUGCAAAGUACAAUAUAUGCAAACUUUCAUACUAAAGGCCUUGGUGUUGGAUCAGCUUUUUCCUCCUCCUGGCCUCAGAAGAGAUCAGCCAUACUCUGUCAUUGUGUACAUAAAAGUGAUGGUGCAUUUGUCACCAUAGGACAUUUCACCGUAGGGUUGUUACUACUGCAGCAUCUGCAGUAGCUCAAUGAUACUGACUAGAAGCGAAUAGUUUUAUUAUUUUUUUACAUUAUUGGUACAUAUACUUAACUCUGGGGGACAGUGGAGAACUUGAGCUGAGAAAAGUUGUCUUAAUCCACUUUCCUGAGUAUAAAAUGAUUGAUUUACUGACUCUGCUUUAGUUAAAUCUUUCUAUAUAUUAUGUUCUGAGUCAUAGAUAUGAAGUCGUCUUACUAUGGCUAUUUUUAAACUUUGUAUAAAUCAUGUAUGUCUGAUUUUUUUAUAAAUUCUUUCAAUAAAAUACAACAGUGAAACAAA